CCCUCCUCUUUCUGGCGGCGGACGGGGCCAGAACUGAUCCCGCAGCCCGGAUUGGCUCUGGGAGGUAGCGUGGGGCCGGAUUCCGGUGGCCCAGUCUGGGGGCGUCGCCCCAAAGGACACCCACUGCUCUCAGGUUCUGCCAAUCCCUGGGCACGCAGGGCGGACGCGCCGGGGGUAGCCCCCGCCCCUCCUGAUGGUUAGCGUCACGCGUGACGUUACACGUGAUGGGUGGGAAGGCGGGGGUGAAGCGCGGAGAGCUGCAGAGGCCAGGAGCCCAGGAAACUAAAAUGGGUGAGUUGCCCUUAAAUAUCAACAUCCAGGAACCUCGCUGGGAUCAAAGCACUUUCCUGGGCAGAGCCCGGCACUUCUUCACUGUUACUGACCCCCGAAAUCUGCUGCUGUCUGGGGCACAGCUGGAAGCUUCCCGGAACAUCGUGCAGAACUACAGGUGGCAGCUGGGAACAGCUUAUGUGAGUGCCACCACCGGGGCUGUGGCCACGGCCCUGGGACUCAAAUCCCUCACCAAGCACCUGCCCCCCCUGAUUGGCAGAUUUGUGCCCUUUGCAGCUGUGGCAGCUGCAAAUUGCAUCAACAUCCCUCUGAUGAGGCAGAGGGAGCUGCAGGUGGGCAUCCCCGUGACUGAUGAGGCAAGCCAGAAGCUUGGCCAGUCAGCGACUGCGGCCAACCAGGGAGAUUACCAGGUGGCGAUAUCGAGAAUCGCUGCGAUUCCUGCCAUGGCCAUUCCCCCUGUGAUCAUGAACACUUUGGAGAAGAAAGACUUCCUGAAGCGUCGCCCCUGGCUGGGGGCACCCCUGCAGGUGGGACUGGUGGGCUUCUGCCUGGUAUUUGCCACCCCCCUAUGCUGCGCCCUGUUCCCCCAGAGAAGCUCCAUACAUGUGAGCAGGCUGGAGCCAGAGCUGAGAGCUCAGAUCCGUCAGCAAAACCCCAGCAUCGAAGUCGUCUACUACAACAAGGGGCUCUGAAGGAGAGUCAGCCCUGGCCCUCCCUCAUCUCCUUGGGCUGCUGCAUUUCUGGAGCCCUGCCAUCCUGCCACUUUCUCUUCUGCCUGAUAUUGAGCAAGGGGCUUGGUGGGGAGCAGCCAUUGAGACCAGCAAUCCACUAGGCUGGGAAAGGUACCUAAUAAGUCUUUUUCUCUCCUCUCUGAUUCCAAAGAGCAGGGUCACAUAAUCCCUUUCUGCUGCACUCGUGUGUCUUCGUAUAUGCAUAUGUGAUAUGUGUGUGUGUGCACACUGUCCUAGAAGCUAGGAGCAGACAUGCUGUCCUGGGAUGUCCUGAUCUGGCUUCUCCUCUUGGCCUCCUGCCACCUGCCAGCCAGCCAGGCUAUGGGACUUGGACAGUUCCACUGGCCAAGCCAUUUCUCACAGCACCUCACUCCUUCUGGACAUAAGAGAAGCCCCAGGAUCUCAGGACAGACUGAAGGACACUAGCAAACCAGACCGGGUUGAAUCCUCCAGAUUUCUGCUUCCUGGCUCCCAAAGCUGACUCAGGAACAGGGCUGGCAGAGGAAGGCCUGUCAGGCUCAGGGAGGCAGGGGGCUUAUACUCUCCCCACAUCCUGGAAUAGAUCAUUUCCUCUCUGCUGCUCUACCAGAACAAAGGAAUGCCAGUAUCCUGUACUGUUCUUGCCAGCUCCCCAUCCCCCCUCCGCUGCCAUGGGGGCAUCUUCGGGCAUAAUGCUGGGAGUUCUUGGUCCGCUCUACAUUAUCACCUCAAAUCUAAACCUGCAACCGCAACCCUCUCUCAAACCCUCAACCAAAAAGUCACCAAGGCAGAGAAGCAUUCCAGAGCUCCCGUCGCACCUUCUUACAGAGGGUCACAGCUGUGGGAAGUGCUUAAACCCCACAGGUAUCUGAAUGGGUGUAGCUAGUACACUCUCAAGGGCAACUAAGGCCACAAGUGUACGAUCUUAAGACAGGGAAUUUUGUGUUCCUUUGACCCUUGUUAGACAUUCAGUAGGACCCCCCACCUUAAGCUUCUUUUCUUUCUUGAGGCUUGGCCCUGCUUCCACCCCUAAACCCCAAGAGGAGGAGGGGCCCAAGCAUCAAGCAUCAGUGGCUGGUCCAAGGGUGAGGUGGGCUUGGGGGCGGAGUAUGUGCUAGGUGCUAGUAAACUAAGAGUACAGAGUUGGAUCUUGACUCCCACUCCCAUGACCUCUGGCUGAAGUGGGAGGGUGAAGGCCCCAGCAGGAUCCCCUAAGAGCAUUUUCCUGCUCCCCCAACCAGCUGCCACCAAUAACAAAAGCUAUGAUGCCAUUGUUAUGCAAUAAACUGAAAACUUGUUAUUUCUUUUUUUAAAUAUAUAUUUUUAUUUCAGAGAGGAAGGGGGAGGGAGAGAGAGAGAUGGAAAUAUCAAUGAGAGAGAAUCAUUGAUUGGCUGCCUCCUGCACACCCCACACUGGGGAUCGAGCCUGCAACCCGGGAAUAGAACUGUGACCUCCUGGUUCAUAGGUCGGUGCCCAACCAAUGAGCCAUGCUGGCCAGGCUCUGCUUCUUGAUCUUCACUUGAUUCUAGGCCCUGAGUACCUAGGAAGAGCCUUUCCUUCUCUCCCCACAGAGUCCAGGUCUUGGUCUCUUCCCUCCCCUUCUGUAGGGAGCCUCAGUUCCCAGCAGAGGGCGCUCUGAGAUUAGAAACUCAGUCUUCCAUCAGCACCUGAGUACUAAAGGAGAGGGAAUACUAGUAUAGGCAGUAGAUGCCCUCCUAUUCCCUCAGCAGAUGGAGUCCUGGCUUCGUUUUCUUCGUUGCUAGGGGUGCUGAUCACACCUUGGUUCCCUUCAGGCAUUUGGUAUGGGGCGGUAGCAUCUGGUCCCCAAGGAGGCCCCUGCAUAGAGGAAGACUAGAGAGCUAAGGACUGCCCAGCAUCACCAGAGAGAAAUAGUGCACUGACACACCCUCCAGACCCCUCCUUGCCCCAUUGAUACAACAGGGAAACAAAUCUGACAGGGACCAUUAGCCACUUAACACCCCUUCCGCCUACCUCGGGGCCUUCUACUCCCUCUCUGAUUCUGUAACCCCCCUCCCUUUUUUUCCUGGGUUAUCUGAGGCUAAAAGUUCAUGCCAAUGUGCAGCUGGUGAGAGCUACUAUUAAACAGUUUAUAGUCGCCUCUUUUACCCUAAGCCUUGGCUUUGGAAGAGUCAAAAGAAUAAACAUGAAUGAGUCUAUAUUAAAAUCCAUUCCCUAUUCUCUGUACGAAA